AAUUUUUGAUUUCUUGAUAUACAAUCAAUGCUCAUGUUUUCAAUUUAUUUUCAGAGCAUUACUCUCUUGUUUGGACCAUUUCUUUUGCUGAUCGUCUUCAUUGUAAAUUGCCAGUCAAAAAAGAAGUUUAAAGAGGAUGGAAGAGCCAAACUAGUCCCCCGAAACGCACCAGUUUGCCCGGACCCCGCAAAGGAAAAAUCCGCGCAGACUUGUCCGACUGCACAGACCCCACCAGCAAAAACUCCAAUGGAGAGGAGUGGAAGUGCGGUUGAGGACACUCUUGCAAAUGUGAAAUCCUUACCGCCGGAGAAGUCGGAUGAUGAUGAUAAGCCAAAAAAGAAGAAGAAGAAGAAUUAAUUGAUCCAGUUUUUUUGUAAAUAAAGAAGUGAUAGAAGG